AUGUCAUCAUCAUCAAUGUCUUCUGCAUCUGUUGAUAAUCGUACUUUGAGUACACCAGUGUGCUUCUGUGAGGUGGAAGCCACACUGAAAUACUCAAAUACUAGAAGAAAUCCUGGCCGGCCUUUUUUAGGAUGUCGAAAGUACAACACUGAGGGACUACCAUACUACAAAUUUUUCAAGUGGGCAGAUAGUGAAGACAUAGAACAAGACCUUCUGAAAAGGAAAAAUGAUUUGCUAAGGAAAGAGGCAGACCUGGUCAAGAUGCUCGAGGAUAUUGAGAAAAGGGAGAUUCAGCUCCGAAAGAAAGCGGAUGAGAUCGAGAAGAAGGAGAUUUUGCUGGCUAGCCUAAAUGAGGAGAUUAUGAAAAAAGAGUGGAUGCUUCUUCAGCAACAAGCAGAAAUCAGGCGCUCCCACACACUAUUCAGGCUGUUUUGGGCUGAUAUUGGUGUAAUUGUAUGA